CCUCACCUGACCGAGAAGCUGUCCGGCCUCCUCGCUGGCCAAGCGCCUGUGUUCAACCCCCAGGCACCGACAUCAUCCCAGCAUCAUCCCAGCAUCAUCCCGACACCAUCCCACCGCAGAGGAUCUGUCCGCCUCGGUGCAAGGCACGAUUUUGGAACAACAGCGAGCCAGCACCGGCCUCAAAUCGAUGGCAGCCGAGUCCCCAGAACGCAUUCCGAAGCGGCUCCUCUCCGAGGGUCCAGAGGAGGAUGCUCCACCAGAGGAGCGAGAGAAGGGAGAGAUUUCCGAAAAUACUUUGGGAUCGGCACCAACAGCCAAGCGGCCAAGACUAUUGGAUCGUGCCCCCGAGUCUCUUCGAAGGGGCAUGCAAAAUUUGUUCCGAAGAGGACUGCAGGGAACUCUGAAGCAAAUCAAGGACGACAGCGGCAAGCCAAAGUCCGAAAAGGAACGGCAGCGAGAAGAGAUUGAUAAAAGGUUGAUGGACAAGUUGGCCAAGGAAAAGGAAGAGCUUUCCAAAACGAUCAAGAAGGAGCGAGACGAGAGAAAGGAGCGCAUAGCCAAGGAGGAGGCAGAGGCAGAGAGCAAGCGACUGAGCAUCAAGACUCAACAUGUCCAAAAGAGCCGGGCACAUCUUGGCAACUUUAUCAAAACCAGCGCCGGGCCCCCUAUUUACUUUCUGCCGGCCAAGAUGACACCUGCCCUGCAGAAGAUUUUGGACGAGCAGCGACAGGCACAAACAGCAACUGAACAACAGCAAGACAAUGCCGAUAUGAAGUCAGCCAGCCUGGCUGACCAAGACCCCGACUCGGCCGCCACUGAGAAAGGGGAUGCAGACAUUACCACCGAUGCAGUCCAGACAGAGGGUGGGGCUGCAAGUCUCUCAAGCAACACAGACGCCUCGCUCACUUGCCUCGAGCCACCAAACAACCCUGCGUCCGCACCGGAACCAGAGUCAACGGCAGAGUCCUCCGCCACCAUGGAAGUCGACGCGACUGGUACUGCUGGCGAUGGUGGCGACAAGAGAGAGUAGAGGCGAAGAAUGCGAGUCAAUGUAGGCACUGCCCAAGGCAGACGCUGCGGCGCAUUCAACGACUCACGAUGUCUGUUGCUGGGACUGUCAACAGUUCCAUGGCCGUUCGCUCUGUUGCCUCUGUUGCCUCUGUUGCCUCUGUUGCCUCUGUUGCCUCUGCUG